AUGGCGGACAACAAGCGCAAUAGCGUUGCGGGCAAGGUUGCGACUCCGAACCUAAAAGCCGGCCCUGGAUCGAACAAAGAUGUCAUUGGCGCGGAUUCCGAUCUGUACAAGGCUGUUGGGUCACGCAUCAAAGUCACAUGUGCCCCUGGCAAGAACGUCCUCGAGGGCACCCUCUUCACGGCCUGCAACCUCACCCACGCCAUAGCCAUCAACACCGCGCCCGCUCCACCGAACCCCUCCCCUACCUCCUUAUUCAGCCAGCCCGGCGACUACCACAUCAUCCCAUUCGCACACAUUGAGUCCUUCGAGAUCAUCGGCACAGGAGAGCGCGUAGCAGAGUCCGCAGCGGGUUUCGAUGGCGCACUCCCCAGCAUCUCCAAGGUGGAUCUGGCCGCGCUACAAGCCCGCGAAGACCAAACCAUCCGCGAGAUGAAAAAGAAGGAUAUGCAGAAGGGCAAGGGUGUUAGUGCCGAAGCACAGGAGUUGUUCGAUGCUAUCUCGAGGACUCUACCAACUCGGUGGGCAGAUACGCAGAUCGUCGUCAACGACUCCGUCCUCAUCCAGGCUCCGUACACGCUCGACAGCAUCAAAGCACCCGCCGACAAGCAUCAGGCUAAGGCUCACGUUCGCAAGGUCGUCGAAGCCUUCUACCAGCGUAAGAAGGGCGCUUCUGCGGGUGGGGCGGCUCGCGCUCCGGUCGCUGUGCCCAAUGCCCCUCGGAAGGGAGCGAGCGAGAUGGAUCCCUUAAUCAUUGCGACGAAUGUGCUCCGGAUCAUUACGACUUUCCUCGGAGCUGCCAAAGGCCUCAACGACAUACGGAGCAAAUGGAAGCACGCGCCCGUUACCGCGCGAUUCCUCUGUUCCCAGCUCAAACUCAAUGGGACCUUACUUUCGCGGCUGCAGGCACUACUUCUUGACGAAACGAAUGCUGUGCACGCGGACCCAGACUUGGUCGAUACGCUCGAUACGACUCUGAUAGGCUCUCUCGUGCUGGGGGUAUGCCUGGGGAAGUACGUGUCGAAGAUCAUGAAGGGCGUCCACGGUGAUGGUAGCAUGAGCUCGAAAGCCAAAUUUUGGACUCUGUGGAAUGAGGAUGAAGCCAAGGACUUAUUGGAACGACUGCAUCAAAACCAUACUGCGAUCAACAUGUUGAUCGGCCCGCUGAACAGGGAUUCUUCGACCGAGAGAAAGAAACCCCUUCAGGAAAAGGAACAAAGCAAGACGAUGACAACAAUGAACGAACACACCCAACACAUGCGAAAGGCUUAUGCCCUCACAGUGGCGGAGUCUACAUUCAAAACCGAAGAUUCCCCUAGUAGUCUCUUGAGCAAUCUCUCCACCCUUGUCGAUCCUACUGACGGCUCUUCCGAACAACACUUCGAAUCUGUCCUCUCAAACUCCAGAGUAUACAAAAAAGCUUCCAACGCCACUAUGAGCCAGCGGCUGAAUACCGAUUCCGACAAUGCAAGCAUGAGGACUAGUCAUUCUACAACUGCAGAGAUUGGCGACCCGGACUUCAUUACCGACCCAUCAAAUACAGAAGAAGACACAGCUACUACAAGGCCUAUAACUGUUCAUAUCUGUGAUCCUGUUCAUAGGGCGAGCAGAGAUCUCAACGUUGCAGGCGUAACGGGUAUUUGUACCGAAAGCUAUCCUACUCAAGAACCCGGAAAGCUGAGUUACAAGCCCCACGACCGGAUACAGAAUCUACGGAAGGUAGAUGCGGCGUGGUGGUACGGCACUACUGAACCGUCAGAGAACGUGCCUGAAAAGAGUGGUAUAAUCCUUCGUCGAGACUUUUACCCCGUUUACAGACUUAACGAGUGGAAACCUGCAUACACCGGUAGGAGCAUGGGCACCGAAGCCGUUGGCGAGUAUUGGUUGCGCUAUGAAGAGGGAGAUCGAGUGGAAUUCGAUCGAGUAUACCAUAACUUCAUAUGGCACGUCAGAACUCACGGUGUCACAACGCAUCAACAGAAGGACAAAUGCUAG